AUUUAAAAAGGAAAGAAGGAGUGGAUGCACACAUAUAUGUGGUCGAGGUAAAUAUUGACACCUGCUGACACAGCUGGUCGGGUCGAACUGUUGUAUUCAGGUAUAAAAUAAACGGAGGGUAGAAAAAGGUGACAGUGCACGAAGAACCACGUGCCGAUCGAAUGGGAUUAUUUGAUCUCCCCCACUACAGCUUACGAUAUCAACGUCAAUUUUCAACCAACCACGAGAAGUCGAUCAAAUCGAUCCGCAAAAUUUCGAAACAUUUUUAUACACGAGUUAUAAUCGUCAUGAAGAUAAUAGUGAUAGCUAUUUUACUGGCUUGUAGCUUCGGUGUAACAAAGUUACAGAAAAUUCCAGAAUUAUCAUUUUACAAUUACAAUGGUGCUAAGAGAUCUUAUUGUCCUCUCAGACAACACAUCGAGAAUCAACCUGUUAACAGAAAGGAUACAUCUUUGAGAUUAAGACAAUUGAGAUCUGAAAUGGUCCGAAUUUCAUCAGUUGAAACAGCACCACUUCAUGGUUACAUUGUAACAUCGGACGACGAACAUCAGAGCGAAACUGUCGAUCCACGAGAUAUGAGAAGAGAAUUUUUAUCUGGAUUUUACGGCAGUGCUGGAGACGCAGUCGUAACAUGGGGAAAAGCUGCUCUGUGGACAGAUGGAAGAUAUCAUUUACAAGCAGAUUUAGAACUUGAUUGCAAUUGGAUACUAAUGAAAAAAGGACGAAAACCCAUUCCGUCAAUUACUGAAUGGUUGAAACAUGAAUUUCAAAAUCGACGUAACAUUCAAAUAGGUGCAGAUCCGAAAUUAGUAUCUGCAGCUACAUGGGAAGUUUGGGAAAGGGACUUAGCAAAUACAUCUAUAAGUUUGGUGGCAGUACGUAAAAAUCUGAUAGAUUUGAUCUGGCAAGUAGGACGGCCAAAUUACAAUUCUUAUGCAGCAUACCCAUUGAAAGACGAAUAUGCAGGAAAAACGUGGCAAGAAAAAAUAAAGGAAAUCAGAUUAGAGAUGAGUCUUGCCAAGGCGGAUGCAUUUGUGGUUACAGCAUUGGAUGAAAUAGCUUGGCUCUUCAAUAUUCGAGGAUACGAUCUCCCUCAUACUCCUGUUCUUAGAUCCUACGCGAUCGUUACACACGGAUCUCUUCAUCUUUAUGCACCUAAACAUAAGCUUCUGCGAUCUGUUGAUAAGCAUUUAAAAAUGGACUCUUGUUCUCACGCUGAAUGCGUUAAAUGGCAUAAUGAAACAUGUAUCUGGAAUGAUUUAAGGACAAUGUCUCAAGCGUGGAACAAAGUUUGGCUACCAACGCCAUGUGGGUAUGCAGAAGGAGCAUCAAAAGAAAUAUAUUCUUCUAUUCCAGCUGAAAAACGAUUACCGAAAGCCUCGCCCAUCAUUGAUCUAAGAGCAAUAAAAAAUAAAGUUGAAGCCGAAGGCAUGAGAAGAGCUCAUAUCAGAGAUGGCAUGGCUAUGUGUGAUUUUCUUGCUUACAUGGAAGAACAAAUUUCUUUAGAUUCCAAGGGAUGGGAUGAGAUGCAAGUUUCCAGAGUAGUAAACGAGUUUCGUUUUGAACAAGAACUUCAUAAAGAUAUUUCGUUUGCAACGAUUGCUGCUUAUGGUGCUCAUGCUGCAUUACCUCAUUACGAGCCAAUUAAUUUGACGAAUAUACCCAUUGGAAAAACUUCGACAUUGGUCGUCGAUUCGGGUGGACAGUACUUAGAUGGUACAACAGAUGUAACAAGAACGUUACACUUUGGAGAACCUACUGAAGAACAAAAAAAGGCAUACACGAGUGUAUUAAUUGGAUCAAUACAAUUGUCUUCUUUAAUUUUUCCAGACGAUUUAAUGUCUGAUCAGGUUGAUGUAUUAGCAAGGAAACCUCUUUGGAGUACUGGUAAUGACUACAUGCAUGGUACCGGUCAUGGAAUUGGACACUUUUCAUCUGUUCACGAAUCUCCAAUUAGUAUAUCGUAUACAGGUGGUAUGUCUGUUACAUUAAAACCAGGAUAUUUUUUAUCCAAUGAACCAGGAUUUUAUAAGAAGGGUGAUUUUGGUGUACGUUUGGAAAAUAUACUUGAAGUUGUAACUACUAACAUAUCGAAAACAGGACAAACUUUCUUAAAAUUUCGGGACGUAACUCUUGUACCAUACGAACCUAAGUUAAUAGAUUAUAAUAUGUUAACACCAAUGCACCGCCGGUGGUUAAAUAAAUACAAUCAACGGAUCAGAGAGGAGAUCGGCAACGAAUUAAAAAAACAUUUAAGAAUGAAAGGCUUUUAUUGGAUGAUGGACAAGACAAAAGACAUUCCUGAAUGGGGUAAAGUCAACGAGGACAUUCUUCUCGCACAUUCUAAUUCUUCCACAUUCAAAGAGAUUCCUGUGCUAGUGACCAUUAUUAUUAUCUACAAUAUUAUUUUAAAUUUUGCAAUGACUUACAGUUAAUGCAAAGAUUCAUUUGUUAUUCGACUUAAAAAAAAAUCCUUAAAUAAUAAAAAAUAAAAUAUACAUUCUAUUGAAUUAAAAAAAAAAUAAUAAAUACUUUCAUUUAUAACUAGAAUGCAUAUAAAAUGGAUUUAUUACUAGCACGAUGUUCAUUUGCGUCGAUAAUUAUAACGUAACAAAUUGUGUACACAGAUGAUAGUACAAUGAUUGAUAAAGUAAAUUAUAUAUUUCUAAUCAAAUGGUAUUAAUGAUUAUAAUUAUGAUAGAUAUGUUAAAACAAAAAAAAUUGAAAUCUAUAUAUAGGCCCAUAAUUAUGAAAGUGGUCUAAGUCAAAAUUAAAAAAAAUGAGUUUAUCAGUUAUUUCACACCACAUUAUUUUAAACUAAAUGAAUUCAAUGUAAUUUUCACCAUAUUGUCAAAAAUGAACCGUUAAAUAAUGUUUGUUAUUUCAAUAUUAUAUAGAAUUAAUAUAAAAUAUUAUAUAGUGUUCAAAUGUAAUCUUUUAAAUAUCUCGGAACAAAAGAUAUAUGACUUAUGUUAGACUACUUUCAUAAUUACGGGCACAUAUUGUAUGUGUUUCAUAUGUAAAGAGUGCAAGAGCAAUUAGACUGAAUUUAAAAAGAAUUUUUAUCAGUUUAUAAAUAUCUUUGUGACUAUUUAAAUAAUUUUUAGAAAACUAUGUUUAUAUAUAUAUAUAAGUAUUACUAUAAUUUUACUGUGAUACAUAAUUGCAAUAAAUAUAUGAAUACG